CUUCCUAAAGUUCUUCCUCAAGUGUAAUCAGAACUGUCUGAAGAAUGCAGGGAAUCCUCGGGACAUGCGCAGAUUCCAGGUGGUCGUAUCGACGACUGUCAAUGUGGACGGCCACGUCCUGGCUGUCUCUGACAACAUGUUUGUACACAACAACUCCAAGCACGGGCGAAGGGCUCGCAGACUCGACCCUUCAGAAGGUACGCCUCCUUAUCUGGAGAAUGCAGCCACCCCGUGCAUCAAGGCCAUCAGCCCCAGUGAGGGAUGGACCACCGGAGGAGCCACAGUCAUCAUAAUAGGAGACAACUUCUUCGAUGGGCUACAAGUCGUUUUUGGGACCAUGCUCGUAUGGAGUGAGCUGAUAACUCCCCACGCCAUCCGGGUGCAGACUCCACCUCGGCACAUCCCCGGCGUGGUGGAAGUCACGCUGUCCUACAAGUCCAAGCAGUUCUGCAAAGGUGCCCCCGGGAGAUUCGUCUACACUGCCCUUAAUGAGCCUACCAUCGACUACGGCUUCCAGAGACUGCAGAAGGUCAUCCCCAGACACCCUGGCGACCCGGAGAGGUUACCAAAGGAGGUGUUGCUGAAGAGAGCAGCAGAUCUGGUUGAAGCCUUGUAUGGAAUGCCCCACAACAAUCAGGAGAUCAUUCUGAAGAGGGCAGCUGACAUCGCGGAGGCCCUGUACAGCGUUCCUCGCAACCACAACCAGAUCCCCUCGCUCGCAAACACAGCCUCCCACGGCAUGAUGGGAGUCAACUCCUUCAGCAGCCAGCUAGCAGUCAAUGUGUCUGAGUCACAAGGGAAUGACCAAGUGGGGUACAGUCGGAACACCAGCAGUGUGUCCCCUCGGGGCUACAUCUCCAGCAGCACCCCGCAGCAGUCCAGCUACAACACCGUCAGCAACAGCAUGAAUGGCUAUGGCAAUGCCGGUAUGAACCUGGGAGUGCCAAGCUCCCCAGGGUUCCUCAACGGAUCCUCUGCCAACUCCCCAUAUGGAAUUAAACAAAAGAGCGCCUUCGCCCCUGUGGUCCGACCCCAGGCCUCCCCACCCCCCUCCUGCACCAGCGCCAACGGCAACGGACUGCAAGGUGAGCCCCCCUCACCCCCUCAUCCCUUCCCUACGGACUACUGGUCAGAUACCGCUGCUCAGGCCUCUGUCCGUUUUGCCAUGUCCGGCCUGGUUGUCCCUCCAAUGUAAAUGCACUUUGGUCAUCUCAAGCACCAGUCACACUACCACUUCACAGGGCACCCCCUGAGCACACAGCCAGUUGCUGGUGUCAUGUAUAGUCAACUGCUUGUUCUGUUUUUAAAGAUGAAGAAAAAAGAAAAGAAAGAUUUUUUUUUUUCUUUUAAAAGACUUAAAAACCUGCAGAGAGAAGGAUUUCUGGAGUCGGACUUUGUUCUGUGGGACUUUUUGUUUCCCCCUCCCAUUGGAGCACCCUUAAAAAGGACACGGGAUGAUGAAGGGUUUAUUUUGUAUACUGUCGGACUGUGCAUCGGCCUUGGACACGCCCACUCACACAUGACACGCUCAGUACUGGAAGGACUCUGUGGACUCACACCUGGUUGUAAAGUAAAACACUGUUGUACAGUACAUUUGCCAAUGAACUUGUUUGCCUCAGAAAAUCAGCUUUUCUGUUUCAACUCUCUUUUAAUAGAUUCACAACAGUUGUGUGUCUUUUUAAUGUGACUUUUUUGUAUUUUUAUGUGUGAGAAAAAUACACAGGGGCCAAGACAAUUUCAACUGGAAAAAUAUAUGAGAUAUAUAAUGUAGAAAAUUGAGCUUAAAGUACAACAAAUACAAGUACACGGGAGGGUUGGUGGGAAGGUUGUAUCAUGUUUCAUUCCUGCAUUUUAACUUAAAUUUUGUAAUUUAUUGUAGCUAGAAAUCAUCUUCAAAAGUAAAAAAAAAUCCUCUUUGAUUCAACAAGCACACUGACGUGUACAAAACACUGCUCUGUUGAUGAAUAUGAUGUACUUCCAUGUCUAGAGCUUCCUUUAAGCAAGUGUGUUUUGCCAUGUUUUUCAACCUUUUGCUAGCACUGUAUAUUAAUGCAUUCCUAGGCUACUGUGAAGUCUGUUUCUUGUUGAUGAGGAGCAGUCUCUCGUUCUAGCUCCAACUCCCUUAUGUGUUUUAUAUGUGGUUCAAAAUUGUAGACUAUUGUGAUAUUGCCAAACUUGUGCUAAAUAUUUAUACAUCUGUCUUUUUCAUGUUCUUUUAGAUCAACAAAAACAUUGAAAAACAAAAUUAAAAUCCAUUGAGAAUGUAGACAUAUAGUACUUCAUUGUCAUUUUUCUGUUCAAAUACACACUUGCGCUCACUGAGGGAAAUUUUGUAACAUAUCAACUAUAAAUAUGUAUUUAUCUCUGAAAUUUUGUAUAUUGCUUUUCAUUAUGUAUGUAUUAAUCGUCAUGCCCUUAAUAUAGUGAUGCAGCACAGAUAAUUCAGCCAAGAACUGUUGCCUUCAUUUGUUUUCUUUUUGUAUUUGAUGAAAAUGCAAUGUGCAUAUUCACGUGUAUCCUCCAAAUUUGUGUUACUCCAUCAAGACUCUCUGUCCAUUUUUUAAAGGGGAAGUCAAACUUCAUUGUUUAUUUUUAUAUUGAUUUUAAAUUAUCUAUACAGACCAUUUUGGAGAAAACUUUGUUGGUUGUAUUGUCAAAUAAAUUGUUUGUGACCCAUAUGAUAGUUGUUAAGAUCCAAUAGAGACUAAUGUGCAUGAGGGACAACCUUGGAGAAAAAUCACUCCAUCUGUGGUUGUAUUUUUCUGUUUUGUAGAAUGUAUAGAAGUCAUUUUUACUCACCACUUAUGACUCUGCCACAUAGCUUACAUGUGUUUACAGGGAAGAAAGUUUAAACAUGUCAACAUUUGGAAUGGAAACAGAAAUGAAUAAGUGAUGUUUUAUUAAAAUUUUCAGUAAAAAAAC